AUGGCCUGCCAUCUUGGAUGCUUGAUCGUGGCUGCACUAGCGGCUUUUUCGACAGCUUCAUCCGCCGAGGAGGAAACAUGCCAAAGCGCCAAGCUGGAAACCUACAAGCGCAGCCUGCUGCAGCGCCAGCAAAUCGCCGGCCAGGUUGCGACGGGUGAUUCUGCAAUGGUGACGGAAGCUAUGACCGAGCUGGUCGACGUGACGAAACAAUUGAAAGGGGAGGUCGAACGACUUCAGGAAGGCUUGCAGCGAGAGCACAACGAAGUCCUGACAUUGCGUGAGAUGCUCUCGUCGACUGGUCAGUCUGCAAAGCCAGAGCCAGCAAGUGCAGCCAAAAGCGCAGACAGGGGUGCUUUCGAGCUUUGCAAAGCCGAGAACGUGCUGGGGCAGGUAGCUGUCCAGGCCAACACGUCCCUCCACGAUGCCAGGGCAAGCUGCAGUGCGACGACAGAGGUUGCUUUGUUUUCGCCGAAGCUUUCCUCGCCGUUUUUCGAGACAGAGUGCUGCCCUGUCGACAAGGAGCACUGUGCUGGUUGUGCCAAGCAAAACUCCGGGAAGACAGCCUGCGAAGUCUGCAGCGGCGGGUUUACCAAGAGCUCCGGCAAAUGUGUGGCAUGUGUGGAUCUUCCUUCUUGGGUGAACAAGGCCGGGCAGAACUGCCGCUCUGCGAGCUGCUCUUCUGAGAAGUUCCAAGGCUUCUCUCCGAACGAAGCCUGCUGCAAGUGUGGAGGAGGGCAGAAGGCAGCGACGAAGUUUGCCUACUACGUUGGCCCCAUGGCUGUCGGGGCUACAUCAGUGGUUGGUCAUCCAGUGCCACACACAGCGAGCCACUAUUCUGUGGACAAGGACUGCGAGCUGGCGAAGUAUGGCUUGUCAAUCCAUCCCACCACGGGCGCCUUGCAGUUGGACGGCUGUAGCGCUGUCGGGUGUGGUGCCAAAACUGUGGAAGUGAAGUGCACUGUAACUGCCGAGAAGGACGGGCUGAUGGCAGUAGCCCCCAUCGAGGUCCUGGCUGGAGAUAUCGGCUAUGGCAGUGGCCCUGUGGUUCUUCACGGCUCCGCAACGAGCCUGGCGCCAGUUCUGAGUCCCACUUCCGGCUCGGGCACCUUCUCCCAGUUUUCUUGUGUUCCCUCAGCGAGCUGGCUGAACCUCGACUCCAGCACAGGGAGGCUAUCUUUGAAACCCGGCACUGCAGUCGACGGCGGUGUGACAGACUCCAAGGGGGCGAAGCUGGGACAAGGUGGAGUCUGCACAGUGCAGAAGGGAACAGCGAAGGGUUCGGUGGUGGUCAUUGCGCCGGAUGCGUGGACGUCGAUGAGCUACAGCUACAGCACUUCCGUCCUUUAUGCCACGGUUGGAGAGAGAUCGCCGAUCCUGUCGCCCACUGGUAGCAGCGGCCUGUUGCCCACCCGGUUCUCCGCCGACUGCUCGGGCUCGAACUUCGUCUUUGACGUGCUGAGCGGCAUCGCGACAUGGGACGGCUACCAGAUCUUCUCGCUGGAUAUCUUCACCGGAGACCUGCAGCUGAAUCCUGAGGAGUCCCUGACGAAGUCCUUGGACUCUUCGUCCGCCACCUCAGUGCGCCGAACAAUUUCAACGUCAUGCACAAUUUUCGGGCAUUACGAGUGGGCUCCGGCCAGUCCGGGUCCCGUGGUGACACACCGGGUCUCCAUGGAGUUCCGGGACCACACAUGCUGGGCUUCCAGGACGCUGGACUUCGCCCGUCGCGCAGACAAGGGCGCCAAGUCGUCCACCGACUGUCGAACGCAAUGUCGCAGUGAGAUCUACUGCAGCUACUAUCAGUCGGCAAAUGGAAGAUGCUACUUCUACAGUGCACUGUGCACGGAUUCCGGGGACUUUGGCUGCUCCUACAAAAAUGUGCCCGUCAUUGAGCGGUACCCCGGCUGUGGCGAGCGACACGGCUGCUUGCAGCUGGAGUUGCCAGGACGUCACUACAUCUCGGGAUUAUACUGCCCGGGCGGUGAGAAUGCCGGAAGUGCUGCGCAAGGGCCCGUGUUCUUCAAGAAAGGCCUUACAAAGGAGGAGAGCUUUUGGCUGAUGCGAUACGACACGUCACGUGGUGGAUGUUCCAGCGGCGACUGGGUGAUCUACGGGCCAAAACCGCUCGAGGAUUAUGAGAACUCGACCAUGGCCUACGUGGAGCUCCACGGGGAUGCGGUGGCCUGUGUCAAGGGCAACAGCAACGACCUGGUGUCAGACGUCUUCACUCAGACAAAAGUCGACUUGACAGUCGGGAUACUGAGUGUCUCCGGAGCCAGUGCCACGGUGUCGGCUCCGGGAUGUGUGGCGCCCAAUGUCACUGCGGUGGAUAGCGGGGGAGAACAACCUGUGGAAGUUUUGGUGCUGGAUGAUCCCUCGACCAACACUGCCGACGAUCACUGGCUUCACCCCUGCGAGUGUGUACCUGCCAAGUGGGGAUCUCUGCCUCCAGCCUCUGGUCAGAGUGUCUCCGAUAUUCCAGCCGGCAGUAACAACGAGUUCAUGCCGUCCCCGUCACUGAUUGUGGAUGGACAGUUCGUGUGCGCGCAAGAGUAUCUGACCGCUGUUAUCGUCGAGAGCGAAACCGAUGGUCUGGAUGAUGCCAACUGCAAGACGCGCUGCGUGGCCCAGGAGUGCCCGUACUACUGGGAAGGCGAGGUCAUGUCAACAAAGCAGUGCCGCCUCUACAGCCGCUGUGACGAGCUGGUUCGCGAGGUCGGUGUGGUCGGAAAUCUGUUCGGCAUGUCCUACCGGAAAUCCUGCAAGGUGGCCGACCCACAGUUGUGCUGGAAAGUCACGAAGCGUCGCUCAUUUCUUGGGGCCGGUGCAGACUCCUACAAGUGCUUUCACCAGGACCUGGUGGAGCAGUGUGACCAGAAGCUGAUGCUGGGGGGUCUUGGCGUCACGGCAUGUGGUGGCUGUGAAUAUGCUCCGGUAAAGGGCAAACAGAUCUUUGCUAACAACGGCAACUGCGUGACUGCAGAUGGCAACGACAACCUGAAGGUCGCCGCCUGCAACAACGGAGACAACCAAAAGUGGUAUUUCGAUGGUGAAGCGCUGAAGCCCGAUCACAAGGACGGAACCUGGUGCAUGGACAAAAAAUCAGACUCGGACAUGUAUCUUCACCCUUGCCACGGAGGGGACAACCAGAAGUGGUACCUUCUCAACGGGCACCUGAGAAGCCGAGACGGAAACGGUUGUAUGGACUACUUCAUUGGUGGCUCGAAGAAUGUGUAUGUGGGCAACUGUCCCUGGAGCAACCUCCUGGUCUGGACCUGGCGACAAACAGUGCAUGGCGGGCAGCAAAUAAAGUCUGACUACCAUUACAAGUGCCUCAUCCACAACCCUGUCAACCACAACGUGUACACGGGCUCCUGCACUGUAGAUUAUUCAACCCGCUGGUACUGGGAUGGAGAACGUCUCAAGUCCGAGCUCAGUACCUCGAGGUGUUUGGACAAGCCAGGAAGCAACAACCUCUACAUGCAGACAUGCCACAGCGGCCUCAACCAGAAGUGGUACUUCGAUGGCAAGCUUCUGAAAUCCAGGGAUGAUGGGCGUUGCGUGGAUUUUUCCCCAGCAGUCGGCAACAACGUUGUCGUCGGAAACUGUCCCUCGGCUCAGAGGCUGUGGAGCUGGGGCCCAGAAGUCCCCAAGCCCAUACCGGCGGCACAGCUCACAACCAUGCUGGAUCGCAAGUGCCUGGACUUGAACUGGCAAGGCGACCAAGAUAUCUACAUGCACGACUGCCACAGCGGGAACAAUCAGAAGUGGUAUUUUGACGGGAAGUCGCUCAAGACUCUCGCGAGCGAUCUCUGUGCCGAUGAGUCCGGGAACGGCAUAGUUUACGGGAACACCUGCCACGGGCACACCAACCAGCAGUUCUACAUGGUGCAACACGAGAUCAAGAACGAGAAGUGGGGAAAUGCUAAGUGCCUGGACUAUAGUGAUGCGAACAACGUCCCCAUGCCGCUGAAGGAUCGUAAGUACGGAGAGUGUUUGGAGAUGGGGACCAACAAGGCGACCCUCACGAUGACUGCCUGUGAUGCGAACAACGACAGGCAGCUCUUCUUCUUUGACGGACCACAGUUGAAGUCACAGCACGACAACGGUCGAUGCUUGGAGCGCUUUGGUGACGCAUUGAAGAUGUGGGGAUGCCACGACACCUGGGAUGGCCAGAAAUGGAAGUGGGAUGGUGAACGAUUGAAGGUAGAGUCCAGUGGAAAGUGCAUAGAUGUGUCCAGCAGCCGGGCAGUCUACAGCAACAAUUGCCACGGUGGAGAUAACCAAAAGUUUUACUUUGAAUCGGUGGAGAUCGGACGGACGAUCCGUAGCGACGGCAAGUGCCUGCAGAUCGGCAGCAACAGACAAGCUUACUGGUGCCGCGACUCAAUUGAUAGGAGCUGGCUCUUGCUUUGCAUGCGAUGGAUUGAUUCCGGAAUUCAAGGCUUCUACAUGGAUGGGGAAGCGAUCAAAUCCGAGUACAUCGAUGGGUGCCUGGACUCGUGGAAAAACAUCGUGCGGGUUCACAACAAUUGCAACGGGCAUCCGAAUCAAAAAUGGUACUUUUCUGGCGGUCAUCUGAAAAGCAAAUGGCAGGACGAUUGCUUGGAUGUGCAGCCCAGCAACAACACGGCCUUCAUGGGAAGCUGUCCGGACUCGGACACCGUGAAGUUCGCUUUUCACAACCUGCUCCAGAACAGUGUGCAGCUCACAGUCGGAAACGGGCGGUGCUUGAGCAGAACAGACAGUGGCAGCACGGUGCAAGCGGUUGGGUGUGCAGCUCUGCGGCAGCAGAUGUGGUACUUCAGUGGGGAGAACCUGAAGACAGAGUUCGACCACAAGUGCAUGGACCUGAAUGGGGGGAGUGGUAACAUACACAUGUCGAACUGCCACUCUAACAACGACCAGAAGUUUUAUUUCGACGGCGACAACUUGCGCGAUCGUCACUUCAACCGAUGCCUGGAGUAUGAAGUGCAAAGCGGCAACAUCUUCAGCGGCACCUGCCCGGAUCAAACCAACCACCAGUGGCAGUUUGCAUCGCAACUGGCUUUGAAGAAGACGCCGCUGCCCUCUUCGUUCGUCCAUGGACAAAGCCUCGAAGCCAAAUGCUGGUCCGAACGGUUUACAGCCGGAACGCUGAACGCUGCGCACUCCAGGACCAUGUCCUGCGUGGCAGGGGCUUGGGUCAACUCCUGGAAUACCCCAGGCCUCGACGGCUUCACCUGCAGCGCGUGCGUGCAAGUCGUCUCCAAAGUGUACGCAGACCUCGAUUCUCAGAUUCGGCAGGAGCUUUUCUUUGCCAGCGGCAUGAAGUUGGUGCUCUCCGUGGACACCCGCACACCGCGAACGGUGACUGCUUCGGGGAGCCUGCAGCAAGGUGGCACGGCUGACGUCUUCGUGGCUGAACUUAUGCCGAACGCUGCCGAAACCGCACGCCGUUACAGGUCGUUGUCCGAAGAAGGCAAGUGCCUGAGAGCGUUGAAUCUCCAGCUCUCUUCCGCAGACUGUGCUGCAGAGGCUGAGGCAGACGAGAUGCUCGAGGCAGGGGAGCUGGGCUCCCUCCUCUGGGACGAGUUUCAAGCUGGUGCCGACGUGCCGGCAGCUUCUGGAUCAGGCCUCUACAAUCGCGGCACGGCCCCGACUACUCUGCGGAGUUUCAAUGUAGACAAGGAUUGCUCGCCACAUGUCAUGUCAUCCGUACAGCUCAGCCACAACAGUCUGCUGGGAAUGUCUGCCAGCUGCACUGCAGCCAGCACCUACGGUGCCGCGGUCCAGCAUACCAUUGCCGUGCCCGGCGACGUCCAGAUCACUAGCGUGAGCGAAGGAACUUGCAUGAGUAUCAAUGAAAUUGUUCCAUGGAACCUCGUUAUUGCGCAAGACGGCCGGUGCAUGGACUACCACCAGGGUGGAUCGAGGAACAAUGUCUACAUACAUCCUUGCCACACGAACAACAACCAGCAAUGGUACAUGCUGGAUGGCAACAUUCUAUCAAUGGUGGACAACAAGUGCUUGGACGCCCACACAAGCACCGACAACGUCUACAUGCACGAAUGCCACGAUGGUGCAAACCAGAAGUGGUAUUUCGACGAAGACACAUCAGCCAUUCGAAGCGAAUAUGACCACCGUUGCCUGGACAAGGGCAGCAGCGACAACCUUUACAUGGGAGAUUGCCACUUCAACGACAACCAGCAGUUCGCCCGUCAGGAGGUAUCCUCAGAAGCCUUCAUCACGGCUCUCCACCUCGACUGCAUCGAAGAUGCUGGACAGCAAAUCACCGUCGAGCCGGAUGGGAGCAAUGCUAGGUUUCGUUUGAGGGCGGGCGCCCACACGCUCAGCGAGAGGUUCAUGUAUGAUUCCGAUACCAGGAAGAUAAAAAACGUCGCCAACAACAAGUGCCUGGAAGCACGUGGCCGUGGACGCGUCGACGAAAUGGACUGCACACAGCGCAUCGAGCAAGACUGGACCAUUUCUCAUGGACUGCCUGGAUUUGUCGAUGCACCAAUAACUUGUCCUGGCGACCAAGUCAUCAGCUACUUGCAGAAGACGCAUGGGCAGGUGCAGUACAAGUGCAGUCACGUCUCGUCUUUGGGAAUGUGUUCCCCACACUACUCCACGCAAGUUGAGACCAAGACGCACGAGCUCGAGACCAUCAAGGCCUUGCGCGAGCUCGGCGCCUUCUGCCCACCCGGUGAGGGUCUGAAGACUUUGGAGACCGAGGCUUCGGACAAAGGUGCUUGGAUCCGUUUCAAGUACGAAUGCUGUCAGAUCAGCCGCGUGCCGGUGUCCAUUUAUCCUCUGAUGAUUGCCGAUGACAAGCGGGACUUCGACACGGACAUGGCAGAAGCCUGGGAAGGUGUUUACUGCCCGAGUGGCAGUGACGACAGUGGCCGGUUGGAUUUUGCGCAGCGGAGGAGUUUCAAGCCAGGGCAAACUGCGUCGGGCUCUUUGACUUACGACAAGAACCUCGGCAAAUGGUGUGUAUCUGGCAAGGGCUGUGCCCAGUCGGAUGUUGUCCAUCCCUUGGAUACCCAAUUGCACACCGACGAUUGGUAUGUCGUGCCCGUCAGCGACUUCGACGCCAUCUUCGAGGCUCGUGGCGCGAAGCAGGUGUCGAGAACGAAGCGCAAACCCCCUCCGCUCAUUAAGUUCGGCGCCUCCGACCCGGAGUAUUUGCCAGAGUGCAAGGACGAGUCGAUUCCCGGGGCGCGCAAGUUCACACUGGCAAAGAUGAACGCCGAGGCACAAAAUCUGGACGACGAGAAUCCAUGCAAGUAUGUUUAUGGCGUGCCUCCGACCAACUCCGACAUGGACAAUGCUGACGGCUUGACCGGUUGGAUCGAUGAUCUGGUCGAGAACGUCGGACCUGGUCAAGGAGGAGUGACCUACAAGUCGGUGAAAGAAUGCGCAGACCGCGACGACAUUCGGGCGCUUCAGAUGGCCAAGUGGAGCCAGUCUCACAACUACCACAGCAUCGGCUUCGGCUUCGUGAAGGACUUGUGGGAUGCCUAUGCAGAUGGCAUGCCCGAAGUUGAGGCUGCGCCUCUGGGUGCCGGAUUCGAGUUUCAGCCUGGCUCAGUCAUGGCCGCCUACGGUGCCCUCUACUUCGGCAUGCUUCAGAUGGGCGAGGACAUCAGGCUGCAGCAGAAUGAGAUGCACUUCGAGGAGGCUGGUUUUGGUGACUGCAAUCCUCUUCAGCACGGCUUCGCCCGGACCUUUUGCGACCUGCACUGCAUCCGCGAUGCUGUGAGAAAGGGCGAUGAUGCCAUCCUAAGAGCGGUGGAGGAAGCGGUUGAAAUCAUCGGCAAGAACACGCAGAUCCUCCUUGAGCACUACGCCGCCAGAUCGAAAGGAUUCAUCUGCAAUUCGGUUGGGGGCGAGGCUGGAUCUCUGGUCCAGGAGGCAGAUCUUCCGGGCACUGAGAUCCGCCGCGGCCUGGCAGCUCAGCUCGCAGAGCUCAUGGCCACGGCCCAGGCCGCCCUGCAGCCGCGCGCCUCCCAGGCCGCUGAGCGCGCCGUGCGGAGCUUCGCGGGGCGCUGGCGAAGCGUUGAAGGAGGCAACGCUUCGGAGAGCUUAGCCUCGCUGAAGGCCAUGGCCAAGGAUGCCUCGGCGCUCCACGCGACGGUCAUGCUGGUGAAAGGCCAGAGGCUCUCCCAAGUUGAGGAGGUGCAGCGGAACGCCCUGGAAACGGCGUCUCGAACGAACGACUUCCUCAAGGCGAAAGUCCAUGACCUUGGCCUUUACCACCAGACGGCCAGACGGGGCAAGAUGGUGCAACGCUGGUUCAAGCAGCACUGGCAGAACAAGUUUUCAAUGCUGGAUGAGUUUCAGGACCUGAGUGUUGCCCAAGCUAUGCAGACCUUUGACACCUCUUGGUGGGAGAUCCGUCGGGAGCUGGACGCGUACCUUGAUGCGGCGACCGAGCAAGCACGCGCCAUGAGCUCUGCCGUGGAUGCCCUGAGAGGAUACACUGGGAAAUGCCAGACAAGCUUCGAGCAGCUAAAGAACUCCUACGCCGCGUCGGUGCGGGCAGAGAAGAAGGCCCAUGCUGUGCUAAAGAAGACGUGGUCCGACGUGGUUUUCCAGGCAGGGCUGAUGGCGUCAAAGAUUACUGAUGCCGGAUUGCUGGAUCGCCUUGCGUUGGCAGACAUCAAGGCAUCCAAGCAGCCCACCGUGGACAAGGCGCAGCUGCCCGGGUUCUGCAGCGGCAGCAAUGCUGCAGCCUUUGAGCUCAUGCAUGCCCACCUGGCUGAGGUGACUGGGCAGGGGCUCCUGGGGCAGACGCAGCGGCAGAUUGGGAUUCUUUUCCUUGAGAUUGCCAUGCUCCGGCACCGUUUACAGACCGGAGGUCUUGGCGAGGCCCCCAACGCGGAGGAAGCCCAGGAGGCGGAGGAGCGCUUGGGUCAUGCCCUGGAAGCCGCCCGGUCCGGCGCCAACCACUUGGCAGGGCACCCAACAGGGCCCUUCAGGAUUUAG